CGGGUACGGAAACGGAACAAAAAGAACAUUUUGUUAAAUAAAUAUUAGAUUCAACUAGCCGUUAUUCUCUGAAGUUUUCUCCCUGUAAAAUCUUGUCUAUCAAAAAUCUUUCUUUCCAUUUUUGAUUUCAGUUUACUUCAACAUUUCUUCGCAUUUCUUGGGGGAUGGUAUAAUUGAGAAAGAUGGUGAUAGGAACACCAGUAACGACACCAUUAUCAAAGAUUAUAAGGACACCUUCACGUGUACCAGGAAGUAGAAGGACGACCCCUUCGAAGAUUCGUGAAGAGAAGAUACUUGUCACUAUUCGUGUGCGGCCUCUAAGCCCAAAAGAACAAGCAGCCUAUGAUCUUAUCGCCUGGGAUUUUCCUGAUGAACAAACAAUUGUCUCAAAGAACCUAAAUCAUGAAAGACACGCUGGUCCUUAUUCAUUUGAUUAUGUCUUUGAUCCGACAUGUUCGACUAGCAAGGUUUAUGAACAAGGGGCUAGAGAUGUUGCUCUCUCUGCUUUAAAUGGGAUGAAUGCAACCAUCUUUGCAUAUGGGCAGACAAGUAGUGGGAAGACAUUCACUAUGAGGGGAAUAACUGAAAGUGCUGUUAAUGACAUUUAUGAGCGCAUCAAAUUGACUACGGAGAGGGACUUUGUGCUGAAAUUUUCUGCCUUGGAAAUAUAUAAUGAGACAGUAGUAGACCUCUUGAAUCGUGAGUCUGUCUCACUCCGCUUGUUGGAUGAUCCCGAGAAAGGGGUUAUUGUAGAAAAACAAGUUGAAGAGAUUGUGAAGGAUGAAGAGCAUCUGAAGACCUUAAUUGGUACUGUUGAAGCUCACAGGCAGGUCGGUGAAACAGCCUUAAAUGAUAAAAGCUCACGUUCUCACCAGAUAAUUAGACUGACGAUUGAGAGCAGCAUACGGGAGAACUCGGGAUGCGUGAAAUCUUUCUUGGCAACUCUGAACCUUGUCGAUUUGGCUGGGAGUGAGCGUGCGUCACAAACAAGUGCAGAUGGUACAAGGUUGAAAGAAGGAAGUCAUAUCAACCGUAGCUUGCUCACACUGACAAAUGUGAUAAGAAAACUAAGCGGUGGAAAAAGGAGUGGCCAUAUUCCCUACAGAGAUUCAAAAUUGACGAGGAUACUUCAGUCUUCACUUGGUGGAAAUUCGAGAACAGCAAUCAUAUGCACUUUGAGUCCUGCUUUAAGUCAUGUGGAGCAAUCACGCAAUACGCUAUGCUUUGCAACAAGUGCAAAAGAAGUGACUACCACUGCGCAAGUAAACAUGGUUGUUGCUGAAAAGCAAUUGCUGAAGCAUUUACAAAAGGAAGUUUCCAGACUUGAAGCAGAGCUCCGAAGUCCUGACCCUGCUGCCUCCCCGUGUUUAAGAUCUCUACUAAUCCAGAAGGAGAGGAAAAUCCAACAGAUGGAGGAGGAGAUGAAUGAGCUGAAACGUCAGCGUGACCUAGCACAAUCCCAGCUCGAGCUAGAAAGAAGAUCAAAGAAAGAGCUCAAGGGUUCAGAGCAUCAUGGACCUUCUCGUCAAGUAGUAAAAUGUCUUUCAUUUACACCUGAAGAUGAAGAAGUUUCUGGUGCAUCUCCUUCUACAGACCUGGGAAGAAAAAGUUUACUCAAGAGGCAAGCUGCCAUUAGGAGGUCGACCAACUCAACCAAUCCAUCUAUGCUAGUGCAUGAGAUCCGAAAACUUGAGAUGAGACAGAGGCAGCUUGGUGAUGAAGCAAAUCAUGCACUUCAGUUGCUUCACAAAGAGUUUGCAUCUCACAGAAUUGGCAGCCAAGGGGCCACGGAAACGAUUGCAAAAUUGUUCUCGGAAAUUAAAGAACUGCAGAAAAUAAGUUGUAUUCCUGAACAAAUUGAGAUAAAAGAUAAAGCUAGCUUGAAAGAAGAGAUUGCACGGCUGAGAUCGCAGGAAAGCAACAUUGCAUCUCUAGAACAGAAACUUGAGAAUGUUCAGAGAUCUAUUGACGAAUUAGUCAUGCAUCUUCCAAGAUGCCAUGAAUCUGCUGAUUCAAGGACCACCCCAUCGAAAAAGAAAAGGGUGCUUCCGUUUAACUUGAGUAACACCAGUAACAUUCCAAAUAUAAUUCGAUCACCAUGUUCUCCUAUGUCUCCUUCAUCCUGCAACAUUGUGGAGGGUGAGAUUGAGAACAGGGCGCCGCCGGAAUGCAAUAAUGUUGGAUCUGCUGGUGACUCAUUCUGUAGCCAACUGAGCACUCCAGUUAAAAGUAAGGACAGUAACUGUACUCCUGGAUCAAGGCAGUCAAACUCUGUUAAUAUGAAGAAGAUGCAAACGAUGUUUAAAAAAGCAGCUGAGGAUAAUAUUCGGAGUAUCAAAGCUUAUGUUACUGAGCUGAAAGAAAGGGUGGCUAAGUUACAGUACCAAAAGCAGCUGCUUGUUUGCCAGGUGCUGGAGUUGGAGGCAAAUGAAGCUGCAAGUGAUGAAGCUGAUAUAAGCGAUCAAUCUCCAUUGUCAUGGCACUUGGUGUUUGAGGAUCAAAGGCAGCAAAUUAUAAUGUUGUGGCAUUUGUGCCACGUGUCUUUAGUGCACCGAACACAAUUUUACAUGUUAUUUAAAGGGGAUCCAUCGGAUCAGAUAUACUUGGAAGUUGAGCUUCGGAGGUUGACAUGGUUAGAUGAGCACUUAGCAGGGCUUGGUAACGCAAGCCCUGCACUCUUGGGCGAUGACGCUGCUGGCUAUGUCUCAUCAAGUAUUAAGGCACUGAAGCAGGAGAGGGAAUAUCUAGCGAAAAGGGUGAGUUCAAAGCUAAACGCAGAAGAGAGGGAAAUGCUUUACGUGAAAUGGGACAUUCCACCUGAUGGAAAACCGAGAAGGCGGCUACAGCUUGUGAAUAAGCUCUGGUCAGAUCCUCUUAACAUGCAAAAUGUACGCGAUAGUGCAGAAGUUGUCGCGAAGCUUGUUGGAUUCUGCGAAACAGGAGAACAUGUAUCUAAGGAGAUGUUUCAGCUCAAUUUUGUUUCCCCCUCUGACAAAAAAACAUGGAUAGGUUGGAAUCUGAUAUCAAACUUACUACACUUGUAGUAGUUCCAAAUAGCAAGCUAAUAUUUUCAUUACUGAAAAAUGAAUAUGAAUGUAGAUCUUUUGUAUCAUAUUUGCCUGUACAGCUUCUUGCUAAUACUACUCCAUGAUAAUAUUCAGCUUCUUUGGUUC